AUGUCUCGGGUCGCGCAGCUUGACUCGAUAGCGCUUGAUAAAGAACUGUAUGGGCAAUUCUGGUCCGAAUUCAAUUCGGCAUUCAGCACGGAUAGAUACAAAGAGGAAUGGGAACUGGUGGUGAACUCUCUGGUGUUCCUGUGUGCGGCGAGGUUUCUGCCGCAACAUGGUUCUAGCAGCACGUACGGAUCCGCUCUCAGUGGUGUGGCUUUCCGUUGCAGGAAACGCUCCUUGUAUGUGGUUACUGUCUUGGCUGGAUAUGUAUGGAAGAAGAUCACACAUUUUGUUUUCGAUGGCAGUGGCGGCAGGAGGCGGGUGGUGUGGAUGAAGGUGUACAAGUGGCUUAACCUGCUGUACCAUGGCUGCGAUGUGACUAAUUUCCUGAGAUUUUUGGCGGCGGAUGGCGCUGGUGCGAGAUCAUUCUUGUCGCCCCUGUAUCGGGUGUUCAGCAUCUACUCCACAAGAUUAGUCGGCGAUGGCUCCGCUCCCAUCUCUGAUUUCUAUUCGAACUCUGUUUUCGCUGGGUUAGAGUAUCAAAACAGGCAAUUGCUAUGGACUGCGCUGUUGGAACUUUUCUCCAAAACACUGCUUACCAAAAGGGGGCUCUUACCCUUUGCCAAAAGGCCGCAGAGCCCUCGCUUGGGCACCACAUCCAAGACGGUUUGUGCCCAUUGUAGCCGUUUCCCGACCAACCCAUACCAGAUCGCUUGUUGUCACGCGAACUACUGUUAUGUUUGUGUAGUGAAGGCAUUGGAAUGGUCCGUGUGUGAUGCAUGCGGUGCUUCAAAAGGCUUGACUGCCGCGCCAGUGUACUGA